UCUCCAGCCGGCCUUUCAAGGAAAAUGAAAGUGAAAGGGAGAAGUGGAGGUUUCAGAGCUGAGCAGAUCGCAGCGCCAUGAAGCCCCUGUCUCUGCUCCUCGCUGUGGCUUUGGACUUGGUGACCGCCGUCUCGGCGGGACCCGCGGUGAUAGAGUGCUGGAUGGUGGAGGACGCGGGCGGGGGCCGCCUGAACAAGAAACCCGCCGCACUGCUGCUGCGCCAGGGUCCAGGGAGACUACCUCCCCGGCCGGACCUCGAACCCGAGCUCUACCUCAGAGUGCGCGACCCCGCGGGAGCCCUGCAGGCUGCCUUCAGGCGGCACCCCUCGGACGCGCCCGCGCCACACUGCGAGCUGAGCCGCUACCUCCCGCUCCCUGCCUCGGCGAAUUGGGCCAGUGGCUUGACCCCGGAGCAGAGCUGCCCUCGGGCCCUGGAUGGGAAUUGGCUCGUGGUUAGCGUGUCCAGCCCUAUCUUCCGUCUGUCCAGCUUCCUGAGACCGGACUCCGAGCCUCAGCCGGAACCUGAUCUCAUCACCAUGGUAACAGUUGUGCUGACUGUCCUCACCCACACCCCCACCCCUCAGAUCCAACUGGGAAAAGAUGCUCUGCUGGACUUGAAGUUUGCCUACAUGCCUCCUACCUCUGAAGCUGAUAUAUCUCUGGCCCCGGGUCCCCCUCUCUUUGGGCUGGAGUGGCGACGCCAGCACCUGGGCAAAGGUCACCUAGUCCUGGCUGCAACUCCUGGGCUGAGUGAGCAAAUGCCACCUGCCCAAGAGGGGGCAGUGGCAUUUGCUGCUUGGGAUGAUGAUGAGCCGUGGGGCCCGUGGACUGGAAAUGGGACCCUCUGGCUACGUGCAGUGCAGCCCCUCCAGGAAGGCACCUACCUGGCCACUGUACACCUGCCAUACCUGCAAGGGCAGGUCUCCCUGGAGCUGGCUGUACAGAAGCCACCGAAAGUAUCCCUGACACCAGCACCUCUUGUAUGGGCUACCCGGGGGGAGGCACCUCCCCAGUUGCACUGCCUUGUGUCCCACUUCUAUCCUUCCGAGGGCCUGGAGGUGGAGUGGGAGAUCCGGGGUGGCCCAGAGGGCAGCUUUCAGAAGGCUGAGGGCCAGAGGUGGCUCUCUGCCCUGCACCACCACUCAGACGGCACUGUCAGCCUCUCUGCGUACCUGCAGCCAGUCCCUGUAACUGCCGAGCAUCACGGGGCACGUUAUGCCUGUCGUGUCCACCACCCCACCCUGCCGGCCUUGGGGCGCAGUGCAGAGGUCACCCUGGAGGUGGCAGGUCUGUCUGGGCCCACCCUGGAGGAUGGCGUAGGCCUCUUCCUGUCUGCCUUUCUCCUCCUGGGGCUCAUCAAAGCGCUGGGCUGGGCCGCUGCCUACAUGUCCACUUCGAAGGAUUCAAAGGAGAAGAAAGCCCAGUGAGAAUACUCCCCACCAUCCUGGGGAAGCUGCUUAUCAUCUCUGGUUUGAGCUACUGGAUUAGCUCCACCCAACAGUACACCAUCAUCUGCUCAUGCUCCCUCCAACCUCUCUCUCUCCAAGGAACAGCUGGAAUGCUUUUUUAAAGGACACAAAUCUAUAGCAUUUCCCGUCUUCAAGCUCUAUGGCAGUGGUUCUCGGUUUGUUUGUUUUUUUUUUUUUAAGUCUCAGGAUUGCUUAAAAAUGGUCAGGAUCUCUAAAGACCUUUUACUUAUGUGGGUCAUAAACUAGGUAUUUAUGAUACAAGAACUUAAAACAGAAAAAUUUAACAUAAGAAUACUCGUGCCAUUAGCUUUGAGGACGAUGGCAAUACUCAGCUUCUAGAAAGCUCCAUGGUACGUUUCUUUUAAAGAAUGAAAAUGAAAAAGGCAAGUAACAUCUUAGUAUGAAUAGCCCUAAUUUCGCGUACCCAACUGAAACAGUCUCCAGGACCACUGGGGCAGGCGUCAGUCACACUUGGAGAACCAAUGCUCGAGAAGCUAAAUCCGUUCUUGUCCUGGCCUGUGCAUCUCCCGCGUUGGAGCCACUGCUUGCCUCUUCAACACCACCUGGUGCCCUCCAGCCUUCUCCUCAAAGUUCAUCACACCGAUGGCUUUUCCUUUUCUCCAACGGCUCCCACCUUCCCUGGUCUGUUCCCUUUGUCUGUUCCCUCCUCGCCCACUCUGGGCUCCAGACCAGGACAACCUCGUUAUCCCCUCAGACCGCCGCGUGUUUCUCUUGUGCGGCUCACCACGGUGUAUUUAAGUGAUUGUGCGAGUCGUUGUUAAAUGCUUGUCUCCCCUUCCAAAGUGUCGGACGUGCCCGUCUGUCCACUGCUGUGUCUCUGCCGCUGCAGAGGGCCGGGCGCCCACUGGAGGGCGCUCACCGGAAUAAAUUAGUCUUUUUUUUCACAUCCUAAAUACUGAAAAGCAAGUGUUGGAUCAGGUUACUAUUGGACGAAGUAUUGGACGAAGGAAGCGGCGGCUUGGCCUAGGGACCUCCGAGGGGGAGGACGGUCUGCCAGGCAGACGAAAUAAAGUUAUGUUCUGGUGCUCCCGA